AUGUCGCGCAGUAAUAACGGUUUCGGGACAUCUGGGACCGUUCCUAGCCCAGAAUCAAUCCCAACUAAGCCCAAGGCAGCAGCAUUAGCAAAAUAUGUGCACUCGGGAGUCGUCACUGAAGUGCCGAGUCUCCUCGAAGAGACACUAUCGGACAAGGCACUUCAUCGUGGUCUGAAAAGAUGGGUUCACAGAACCGACACAAGAGAGGAGGAGGAUUCGACCACGAUAAUGAAGGAGAUGGUAGCGUAUCUGAAAGAGAAAUCGUCUUGUUACUCGCGGCAGGAUAAACGAUGGGUACCAUGGCAGACGUCGAAACGAGCUCCACUUAAUGAUCGGUUACAGAAGGCACAGAAGGAAGAAGAGGAAGGACAUAAGCAAGAGAAACAUCAGGUUAAGCGGCUUGUGCGUCCUGAGCAAGAACAGCCAGAUGGAGGGCGCGAAUGUGAACAGGCGAAGCAGUCGGACCAGGAAGAAGCUCGUAGACAUUCUGACCAGCCCGAGCAGAUAGUUCACCAAGUGCAACAUCCCACGAGUGAAUGGAACGUGAAGAAAACGGUACACAAAGAAAAGAAGCGAUCCUCUGUGCCGUCAGUUGAGGAAGACAUCGCGAAUUUCCUCAAUGAUAUCGGGAACAAUAUUCGAGAGAUACAUGGCAUCGAUGGACUCGCAUUUGAUUCCCGUGUUUUUUCAGCACGCUUCCGCCAUUCCUUCCCGGCCGAUGCUGGUGUCGACUGCAACUGCAAGCCAGGCCUGGUCGUGCUUGAACGAUGGGCUGUCGAUGCACCUGAUGCGAUGUGGAGUGAUAUCAAGACUCUUCUCGAGGUUAGGCGAUCGAGAUCGAAGGAAGCUCAGAAGGAUGCGUAUCGGUACCUGGUACAUUGUGUCAAGAUGGUUUUUGCAUCCCAGGUGAACCGUCGUUUCGUGAUGGGAGCGACGGUGUGUGGAGAUAUCAUGACAUUUUUUAUCUUCGAUCGGAGUGGUUAUCUGGUCUCGGAGGCAUUUGAUAUGAACGAGAAUGUUGAACGAGUGGUUCGAGUCGUGUGUGGGAUGCUGUUCGUGGACGAAGUCCGAUUGGGAUACGAUCCAACAAUCUUCAGGGAUAAGGAAGGAUGGAUCGUAGUAAAGAUCCAGGGAGAGGAGUGCAUGUGUGCUGAGGACCCGCUGUAUGUUGAGAAGUCCGUACGAGGGCGCGGUACCGCAUGUUUCGAAACUGUUUACCUUGGUGAGCCGGCUGUGAUCAAGGAUGCAUGGGUGGACGACUCACGGAGUCAGCUCGAACACGAGAUUCUCGAGAAAGUGAAGGAUGUUGAAGGGAUAGUAAAGAUGGUAGACUACGAGAUCGUGCAGGUACCGAAUGAGGACGAUGUAUUGGUGAAUGACACGACGUCAGAGAAUCGAAAGGCAUUGAUGAAUGACGUUCUUUCGAAGACAAAGGCGAAAUGGUCAGAGUUCGCGACUCGGACUCAUUGGCGGAUUAUGUUGCAACCAUGUGGUGGACCGCUUGAAGGUUUUGCGAACCUUAAAGAAUUGCUGCUCGCAAUCAAAGAUGUUGUCAAAUGUGUUGAGGAUCUACUUGAGAAGAAGGUGUUGCAUCGAGACAUUAGUCUGCGUAACAUCAUCCUUGCAAAGACCGAUCCAAAAGAUCCAACUUCGCGAAUGCGUGCCUACCUUAUUGAUUUUGACUACGCUUUGGAUUUGGAGAAUCCAACUCAAACAUUGGCCGAGGGUGCUCGCACAGGCACAUUGCCGUUCAUGGCUCUUGAGAUGUUAGAGGAAGAGUCAUCGAAUGGUGUUCCUCAUGCGUAUUAUCAUGACCUUGAGUCGAUAUUCUAUGUUCUGUGUUGGAUUUGCACGUCUCAGGAAGGCCCUAACAACACCGAGCGUGAUUGCCGAACAUUCGACUUCAAUAAGUCUGAAGUUGCUAAAUGGACUGGGGCAGGUAUGGAGAAUCGAAGCAGCGACUUCAUCCAACUACGCAAAGCGGCAACGGUUGAGAAUAGGAGCUGGUUCAUCAAAAAAGUAGUGAGACAGUUUGCGCCGUACUUUGAGCCCAUCAAAGAUUGCGUUAUUGACCUGCGCAAUGUGAUGGUUAACGUCGGCUCACGCCCGAAACACUCCUUUGACGUAGAAGCUGUCAAGGAAAACAUAGUCUUCCAGGAUGAAUGCAGACGAAUUGGCAUAUCUGUUCCUAUAUCGUUUUGGAUGAAUAUUCCCAACUCACAACGUGAACCAUGCGAUGUAUUCAACACAAUCUAUGAUAUCAUCGACGGGACUCUUGCCACUCUGGGCGAACCGUCACUUCCGCCGACAUGCACCCCAGACGCAAAGGACAAAGCAAUGGUCGAGAAAAAGGCGAUGAAGGAGGCAAAUCGUAUGAAGUUCAGGAAGCACAUGUCCAUUCGCGAGCUGCAAGAGGAGCGAGAGGCCAAUCUUAAGAAGAGCAAGAAGAGCAAGGAGAGCAAGGCUAAAGAGGUUGCAGAAGAAGUAGAGAGGAAGAAGAGGAAAUUGGACGAGAGGAAGGGACGACGAGAGGAGGAAGAGAGCCGCGAACUGUCCGAGGACCCGGAACAUCAGCAGCCGAUAUGCACGAUGUCCGAUCGGAAUUCUCUUCUAAAGCAAGCUGCAAUAAAUGCAUUGGUCACCUCGAGCUCAGUGCCAGGUCUGGCUCACUCCGGUCCAACAGACUUAGCCUCUGGUGGUCCCAGAUCAACCUCACAGUCGUCGCCAUAUACGAUGCCAGCCCCACGGACUGGGAGAUCAUCUACAAUGGAACCCGUGGGAUCCAAGCCCACUGUCAAUGACAACGAUUGCAAAUCUAGGCAUGGAUCCCCAGCACCUAAAAGGCGAAGAAAUGCGCUGGACUGGGAUGAAACAGCAGUAACCAUCUCAGCUCAGUCGUUUGCGGAAAGCUCAGAUGGUGAUUCGGUAGCGAGCGAUUCUCAGAAGCGAAUGCGGCCUGAGGGUCUCUGAGACUGCGAUCACCGAGCGUCCCUUGUUUGCUUUUGUUCUGUUGCUUUCACUCGUC